AUGACGGGUCCCCUCUUCUGUCUUCCAGCUUUAGAACCCCAGAGUAUCAACUGGCAGGUGACCUCCAACCGGCAGGCGCAUCGCACAGACAGGUUCUCCGGCCAGCAGCUCACCGUGCGCAGAGGCCAACCCUUCAGCUUCUCCAUGAUCUUGAACCGAAGUCUUGACAGUGGAGACAGUCUGGGCUUCAUAGCCUCCACAGGGCCCUACCCCUCAGAGUCGGCCAGGACAAAGGCUGUGUUUCCACUCUCCAGUGGGACAAGUCGUGGUGGCUGGAGCGCACAGCUCGUGUCCAACAAGGACAACGUUCUGACCAUCUCCAUCUCUAGUCCUGCCAAUGCGCCCAUCGGAUGGUACACGCUGAGCACCCAGAUCUCCUCCCAAGGCAAUGACUUCGUUCAGAAACUUGGGACGUUCAUACUGCUCUUUAACCCCUGGGUGCAAGAGGAUGGUGUCUUUAUGAGCAACCACGCGGAGAGAGAGGAGUACGUUCAGGAAGAUGCCGGCAUCAUCUAUGUGGGGAGCACAAAUCGAAUUGGCAUGGUCGGCUGGAACUUCGGGCAGUUUGAAGAAGGCAUCCUGGACAUUUGCCUCUCAAUCCUGGAUCACAGCCUGAAUUUCCGUCGGGACCCUGCUACCGAUGUGGCCCGCAGAAGCGACCCCAAAUACGUCGGCCGAGUGCUGAGUGCCAUGGUCAACGGCAAUGAUGACAACGGUGUGAUCUCUGGGAAUUGGAGCGGCAGCUACACGGGUGGCCGGGACCCACGGAACUGGAAUGGCAGCGUGGAGAUCCUCAAGGAGUGGAAAAGGUCUGGCUUCAGGCCAGUCCGAUAUGGCCAGUGCUGGGUCUUUGCUGGGACCCUCAACACAGUGCUGCGGUCUUUCGGGAUUCCCUCCCGGGUGGUCACCAACUUCAACUCGGCUCAUGACACAGACCGAAACCUCAGUGUGGACGUGUACUAUGACGCCUAUGGGAGACCCAUGGACAAGGGCAGUGAUAGCGUGUGGAAUUUCCACGUCUGGAACGAAGGCUGGUUUGUGCGGACUGACCUGGGCCCCUCGUACAGUGGAUGGCAGGUCCUGGACGCCACCCCCCAGGAGAGGAGCCAAGGGGUGUUCCAGUGCGGCCCCGCUUCGGUGACCGCCGUGCGAGAGGGUGACGUGAACCUGGACUUCGACAUGCCCUUCGUCUUCGCGGAGGUGAACGCCGACCGCAUCACCUGGAUCCACGACGCCCGCAACAACACCCAGAAGCAGAAUUCCACAGACGCCCGCAGCAUCGGCAGGUACAUCAGCACCAAGGCCGUGGGCAGCAACUCUCGCAUGGACAUCACAGAGAAGUACAAGUAUCCAGAAGGUUCCAGCGAGGAGAGACAAGUGUUUGAGAAGGCUUUGGGGAAACUUAAACCCCGCAUGGCUUUUGGUGCCACGUCUGCGAGACACUUGGAAAGAGAGGGGAGGGAGCCCAGCAUCUCUGGGAAGUUCAAGGUCACUGGCAUCCUGGAGGUGGGCAAAGAAGUGAACAUGGCCCUGAUACUCAAAAACCUGACGAGCGACAUGAAGACGGUGACCGUGAACAUGACGGCCUGGACCAUCGUCUACAACGGCACACUGGUACACGAAGUGUGGAAGGACUCUGUCACAAUAUCCCUGGAUCCCGAAGAAGAAAUACAGCAUCCCGUGAAGAUCACAUACGCUCAGUACGAGAAGUACCUGAAGGCAGACAACAUGAUCCGGACCACCGCCGUGUGCCAGGUCUCCGACGAGGCAGAGGUGGUGGUAGAAAGGGACAUCAUCCUGGACAACCCCAGCCUGACCCUGGAGGUGCUGGGCCCAGCCAUGGUAGGGGUGGCGGUUGUGGUGAAAGUGACGGUGGUCAACCCCCUCCUGGAGACAGUGGAGGAUUGUAUGCUGAUGGUGGAGGGCAGUGGCCUUCUCCAGGGACAGCUCAGCAUUGAUGUGCCCAGCCUGGAGCCUCAGGAGAGGGCCUCGGUCCAGUUCAACAUCACCCCCUCCAAGAGUGGCCCAAGGCAGCUGCAGGUGGACCUCGUCAGCCCCUACUUCCCAGACAUCAAAGGCUUUGUGAUCAUCCACGUGGCCACAGCCAAGUGA